GUGAGCUGAGGCGCUGGCGGCCUGGGAAGGAGGAUUAUGAAGCUUCCGAACAUCCUGCUCACCGGUACACCCGGGGUUGGAAAAACUACACUAGGCAAAGAACAUGCUUCAAGAUCAGGACUGUAGUACGUUAAUGUGGGUGAUUUAGCUCAAGAAGUCUGAUCACCGGAUAUCAUGGAGUCUGGCAAGAUGGCGUCUCCAAAGAGCAUGCCGAAAGAUGCACAGAUGAUGGCCCAAAUACUGAAGGAUAUGGGGAUUACAGAAUAUGAACCAAGAGUUAUAAAUCAGAUGUUGGAGUUUGCCUUCCGAUAUGUGAUCACAAUUCUAGGUGAUGCUAAAAUCUAUUCAGCCAAGAAAGCUACUGUUGAUGGAGACGAUGUGCGAUUGGCAAUCCAGUGCCGGGCCGACCAGGCUUUCACUUCUCCUCCCCUGAGGGAUUUUUUAUUAGAUAUUGCAAGACAAAGAAAUAAAACCCCUUUGCCAUUGAUCAAGCCAUACUCAGGUCCUAGAUUGCCACCUGAUAGAUAUUGUUUAACUGCCCCAAACUAUAGGCUUAAGUCUUUGCAAAAAAAGGCACCUACUCCUGCAGGAAGAAUCACAGUUCCGCGAUUAAGUGUUGGCUCAGUUUCUAGCAGACCAAGUACUCCCACACUAGGCACACCAACUCCACAAACCAUGUCUGUCUCAACUAAAGUGGGCACCCCAAUGUCCCUCACAGGACAAAGGUUCACAGUGCAGAUGCCUGCUUCCCAGUCCCCUGCUGUGAAAGCUUCCAUUCCUGCAACAUCAACAGUUCAGAAUGUUCUGAUUAAUCCAUCGCUAACUGGGUCCAAAAACAUUCUGAUUACCACUAAUAUGGUAUCUCAGAAUACAGCCAGUGAGUCAGCAAAUGCACUGAAAAGAAAACGGGAUGAUGAUGAUGACGAUGAUAAUUUGUAAUCUAGUCUUGAUGCA